CGGCUGGGGCCCAGGCCCGCGCCUCCUCCCCCCCGGCGCCCGUGGAGGGGGGAGGAGGAAGAUGGAGACCCACAUCUCGUGCCUGUUCCCGGAGCUGCUGGCCAUGAUCUUCGGUUACCUGGACGUCCGUGACAAGGGGCGCGCGGCGCAGGUGUGCACGGCCUGGCGGGACGCCGCCUACCACAAGUCGGUGUGGCGGGGGGUGGAGGCCAAGCUGCACCUGCGCCGCGCCAACCCGUCCCUGUUCCCCAGCCUGCAGGCCCGCGGCAUCCGGCGGGUGCAGAUCCUCAGCCUGCGCCGCAGCCUCAGCUACGUGAUCCAGGGCAUGGCCAACAUCGAGAGCCUCAACCUGAGCGGCUGCUACAACCUCACGGACAACGGGCUGGGCCACGCGUUCGUGCAGGAGAUCGGCUCCCUGCGGGCCCUCAACCUGAGCCUGUGCAAGCAGAUCACCGACAGCAGCCUGGGCCGCAUCGCCCAGUACCUCAAGGGCCUCGAGGUGCUGGAGCUGGGCGGCUGCAGUAACAUCACCAACACGGGCCUGCUGCUUAUCGCCUGGGGGCUGCAGCGCCUCAAGAGCCUCAACCUGCGCAGCUGCCGCCACCUCUCGGACGUGGGCAUCGGGCACCUGGCGGGCAUGACCCGCAGCGCGGCCGAGGGCUGCCUGGGCUUGGAGCAGCUCACUCUGCAGGAUUGCCAGAAACUCACCGACCUGUCCCUCAAGCACAUCUCCCGGGGCCUGACCGGCCUGAGGCUGCUGAACCUCAGCUUCUGCGGGGGCAUCUCCGAUGCAGGCCUCCUGCACCUGUCCCACAUGGGAAGCCUGCGGAGCCUCAACCUGCGUUCCUGUGAUAACAUCAGCGACACUGGCAUCAUGCACCUGGCCAUGGGCAGCCUGCGCCUCUCUGGGCUGGACGUGUCUUUCUGUGACAAAGUGGGUGACCAGAGCUUAGCCUACAUUGCCCAGGGACUGGAUGGCCUCAAGUCCCUUUCCCUCUGCUCCUGCCACAUCAGUGAUGAUGGCAUCAAUCGUAUGGUCCGGCAGAUGCACGGGCUACGCACCCUCAACAUUGGGCAGUGUGUUCGAAUCACUGACAAGGGCCUGGAGCUGAUUGCUGAACAUCUCAGCCAGCUCACUGGUAUUGACCUCUAUGGCUGCACUCGAAUUACCAAACGGGGACUAGAGCGAAUUACUCAGCUGCCCUGCCUCAAGGUGCUCAACCUGGGACUCUGGCAGAUGACUGAAAGUGAGAAGGUCAGGUGAGGGCAACAGUGCUAGGCUUCCUCCCCUCCCUUCUCCUUACUCUUGUGGACUGGACACAGAUUAUCUCAGUGGAUGGGGGGCGGGCAAUGAUGUCUAGCCAACAUAUUCAUUUUCUCUUCCCUUCCUUGUGCCCCAUCAAACCCAUUCUGUCUUGGCAUUUGGGGCUGGAAACAGAUCCAGCUUUGUCAUUCCUCUGCUACACCUACCCUACCAUUUCCUUUACACUGAGGAUGGGGACAGACCCAGUCACAUAGAGCCACCCCUUUUUGCAUAGGAAUUGAAGACUGAUUCAGCUUGCCUGUACCCCAUACCGCCUUGCAUUGGGAGUGUAGGGUGAAGGAGGGUAAAGUGACUAGUCUCUUUAAACCAGGGGAGUUGCUGAAGAAUCUCUGCCUUCACUUAUGCAUUUAUUUGAAUACUGUGAUCUGGUUUUUAUUUCGAAGUGUAUAAAAAAAAAAAAAAAA